CAGCAAGGGGCGUAAAAAAAUUGAAUAUACUCGGACAGUACACAUCCGACACCGCGCUACCAGAUUUCGUUUUCGUGAGCAAUACUAUUAGUACCGGAUUGACAACAGAGCAGGCACAAGUUAGCAAUAGUGGCCGAUGGGCGAUGAGCAUAUGAUGAACUAAUUUGUUCCAUUUGCGACCAACGUAAGCCCGAACCCAGCAAGAAAUCCGUCCCCGAAUCGCAUGUCUGCCGAGCGUUGUCGUCGGAUGGCACCAGCAGCAGUGGUUUUGGAACAGCCUGUCCAUAUGUAAAGGAAGUUCUGUGCAGUUUGUUGCGAGCGGUGUUGGCUGCUGAUCGGGUUUUGCAAACCCCGUACGAGUGGGGCUUUCGGGAGCAGAAAGCUGGAAGGAAGUGACGGAUCUGCCUCCGACGGGCCUGAUAAGAGGUCAGUGUUUCCCCGUCACACAAUCACGCCAAACUUGGUUUGCGAGGGGUACGGAAUGUUGCCGCACCGUUUUACCAUCCGACACGAAGGAGGUACUAAGUGAAUUAUAAAACAUCUUCACAAGAAUACCACAACCAAGCUACUAAGCGUUGGAGCGGUAGGUGGCAAACACACGGCAGUGAGCAACACACGGUGAGAAGAAGCGACCGGUGACGGCCGGUGGACGAAGGGAAGAAGCAGCGAGUAGUGCGUGACUACUGCAGUGCAGCCGCGCAUCAUUGGCGUCAGCCCAUUUUUCCUGCAAUUUGCACCGCAGCUCGACGAAACAGCUUCACCGCCAGCUCGGUGAAGCUCGCGCUGAACCGGCUUCACACUGGAGAUGUUCAACCGUAUCCGGAUCCGUGUGCUCACCGCGGUGGCACCGGAUCCACCAGCGCUGCCUGCUGGCCAUGGCGGGCAUCAAGCGUACGGCGGUGGUGGUGGUGGUCGAACGAGCAGCAGUCACUCCGGCAAAGACUAUGACUCUGUCAGUGGAGGCGGGGGCGGUGGAGGUGGCAAAAAUUUGCCCGAAAAGUUCCAGUACGCGCGGCCACCGUUCCUGCAGCUGCUCACGUACGACGAGCUGAAGGCGAGUGCGGAUCACAACGUGCGGCCGAUCAUAGUGCCGCGCGACAUUUCACUGCUACCGUGGAACACCGGGUACGCCGAGUGCGUCAACUCGGGCAAGUCGAAGUGGAACGAGGACCAGGCCGCCUUCCAUCGCCAGGUCCUGUCGCACCCGUCCAAGCAGUACCACGACCUGCCGUACACCUACUUUGGCAUCUACGAUGGGCACGCCGGGUACGGGGCGGCCCUGGCGGCUGCAAAUCAGUUCCACUACAUCCUGCACGAGAAACUGGUGGACGUGAUCGACCUGCUGAUGCCGCGCGUCGAAAGCGAGGGCGGUGGGCUGCCUCUGCACGCGCCACCACUGUUGCCCCAUCCGAGCUUGUUCCACAAGCAGGUGUCGAAGGAUGAGCUGAUCGUCGGAGCGCUCGAGUCCGCCUUUGCCGACAUGGACGCAGUGCUGGCCGAGGACCGUGAUAACUAUCGCAAUGCGGGCGGCUGCACCGCACUGGUGGCGCUGUUCAUCCUGGGCAAACUGUUCGUGGCAAACGCCGGCGACUCGCGGGGCGUGCUGUGCAAGCGGGUGCGGCGUAGAAAGGUGCAGCCGUCUCACGACAACCAAAUGAACGGCGAACGGGAGCCGGCGGAAAAUGGUGAGCUAGCCCCGGACGACUUUGAGGUAGUGGCCGAACCGUGCUCGUUCGACCAUACACCCGACACGGAGCGGCCCCGGUUGCUGACAGUCGGCAAGCAUAAUCCGGCCCUGCUCGGCGGUGAGUACAUCGCCAUGGAGUACGCCAAGAAGCCGACCUCGAAGGAUCUCGGCACGCGCAUCCUCUACCGACAGGGCGCGAUGCGCGGCUGGACCUACAAGACGCUCACGGUGAAUGAUCUGAAGAUCCCGCUGGUGACCGGGUCCGGCAAGCGCAGCCGACUGCUCGGCACGAUCGGUGUAACGCGCGGCUUCGGCGACCACGAUCUAAAGGCGCUCGGGAGUAACCUGCCGAUCAAGCCAUUCCUCAGCGCCCACCCGGACGUGCGGUGCUUCGACCUGUGCCAGGUCGAGGGCGACCCGACCGGACCGAACUGCGACGGCGACUACGGCAUACUGGUGAUGGCCACCGACGGCUUGUGGGACGUGAGCGAGUCGGCCCAGGUGGCCGCGACCGUGUUCGGCACGCUCCGGAAGUUCCCCACCGAGCGCCACCGGUACACGAUGGCGGCCCAGGAGCUGGUGGCGAGAUCGCGCGGUCGCGCCAACGAGUCCGGCCACUGGCGGCUGUCGGAUUCGCGGGCCGCUGCCACCGUCGACGACAUCUCCGUCAUCGUCAUCCCGGUGCACCAAUACUACCUGGAGUAUCUCGAGUGGACCAAAACGGUGGCGGCCCGCAACCAGGUCCGCAAGGCGACUGCGACCGCCACCACAGUUGCCGCUCCCGUCCCGCUGGUGCCCGAGGCGGGGCUGGCCAAGGAGACGACCGGCACGGUGGCAUCAGGCAAUGAUUUCAGCUCCUCGUCCGAGUCGGAACCGCCGGAAGAGGCCCAGGAGGCCGAAAACAAUCUCAACGCAAUGAAUAUUCCGCCGCCGGUGGCUAAGCUAACGACGACAGCGCAGCCGCUGGGUUUAGCCGACGCCCUGCCGCGCUAGAGCAACGCUGACACAGGCAGACAAGUGAUUUCAAUCAUAAGUUCCAAUAGAUUACAAAACGCAGGGCUUCGAUGGUGACGAUUAUGCUAGAGGUCUCUUCUCUACCCUCUACCCUUGGGAGGACAAAUCAUAUUUUGCCACCUAUUUAACUACCGGUUUGUAGUCGAACACUCCUACUCGUUUGUAGAACUCCUCCUACGUAGACUCUCCGAGUGGUGCACUCCACUCCAGCGCGGCUGUUAUUGUAAAUCAAGUGACUUUCCUUUCCAAUUUCAAUCUCUAUCGACGCCGACUAUAAACAAUACUAUAUACUCGUAAGCAAACAAAUUCGGUAACUUAUACGUAGGAAGAAAAACAAAAAAGGCUAACGGAAACGUUAAAGUAUUUAUGCCGCGACACCACGACGUCGUCUGUUCGUUCGCUCUUUCCGCUCAAGGAUGUAGCCACACCAUGUAGCCAGCGCUUGCAUCCAGUGUUUUCGGUAGGCUUUAGAGGUAGGACGAGCGUAAAGUAAUUAGGUUCUAGCCUGCCGUCAUAACCCCUCGAUGGGGACGGCAUCGACGAGCAAGAUGGUAAUUUAUAGAACAAAGCGCAAGAAAAAAAAACACCCAAAGAAGGGCGUUGAGUAGCGAGCGGAAGGAGCGGGUUUUAGGUUUUAGUAUGAUCCUUCACCCGGCGAAAGAGGACGCCUUUGCUUAAGAUAGUUCUUUGCCGUCUCGAGAUGAUAUCAGUACCAGUAGGAUGUAAGAUGCACGCACGGCGUUAGGGAAGGGAUGCUGGACGUGCCAGCUUCCAGCAACGAAACAAAACGAAAAGGGAAGGGAAGAGAGCGAAGAAAACCAAACGGGAAACAGGAAGCGAUGCAAUCGGUCAACUCUGCGGCUUGCAAAGGGGUCACACUCACCUGGAACAUAGUUUGAGGGCCGAGUAGUAGACGGAGAAGACGCUGAUGAGGAAGUGUACGGCCAGCGCGACCAGCAGUCCAGUGCCGGCAGUGACGGCACCCCAGAUUAACUGUGGAUUUUUGUUGGUUUGUUUAUUUUUUUAUUAUUUUUUUUAAUAUAGGAAGCACAAGCAUUCCGUUGAAAAGAAAGAAAAAGAAGAUAGAGAAUGGGGGCAUGAGUAGGUGAGGUGUAGUAGGCAUGUUGGCGAUGUGAGGAUGAAUCGUGUUUAGGACGGAUCGGCUGAAAUUUGUGGCGCGUGAUGAAAUAUAGAGAACUCAAAAAUAUCAUAUUUCAACGUACUUUUCCCUC